AAGAUUUUCUUGGAGAUGAGUGGCACCUCUACAUCAGUGGUGGGGGGUGGGGGAGGGGGUGAGGGGGGUAUGGGGUAUGGUUACAGGCCACCAUUCACAGCUGUGCAAUGGCAAGAACUGGAGCAUCAAGCAAUGAUAUAUAAGUACUUGGUGGCAGGUUUACCUGUGCCACCUGACCUUGUUGUUCCUAUUCGUAGAAGCUUUGAAGCCAUCUCAGCUAGGUUCUUUCAUCAUCCAAGCUUGGGCUAUUGUUCCUAUUAUGGGAAGAAGUUUGACCCUGAGCCAGGAAGGUGUAGAAGGACUGAUGGAAAGAAGUGGAGAUGCUCGAAAGAUGCAUAUCCUGACUCCAAAUAUUGCGAGCGGCACAUGCAUCGAGGCCGCAACCGUUCAAGAAAGCCUGUGGAAUCUCAAUCUACUUCCCAGUCCUUGUCGACUAGUAUGUCACAAAUUACCACUGGGAACAGCACUACAAGAGGAAGUUGCCAAAAUAGCAGCAGCGGAAGCUUACAAAACAUGCCUUUAUAUUCUGUUGCCAAUUCAGGAGCACUGAAUUAUGGAAGCACAGCAACGAAGUUGCAGAUGGAGCCCGUCUCCUAUGGAAUAGAUAACAAGGACUAUAGGUAUCUCCAUGGAAUUGCUCCUGAUGAUGAGCAUAAUUUAUCUUCAGAAGCUUCUGCAACUGUCAGAAGUUUAGGGAUGGGGACCAACACAGAGAGCACAUGGGUAUUGCCUUCUCAAGUUUCUUCAAGCCCCAUGGCGAGACCAAAAAAUGAUUCUCAGUUGCUGGGUAGCUCAACAGAAAUGCAUCUACCUAAUCUACUUGAGCCUAUGAUUGAUGCAACAAUUUCAAAGCGACGACACCAGCAUUGCUUCUUUGGCAGUGACAUUGAUUCACCUGGAACAGUAAAGGAGGAGCAGCAGCAUUCGAUGCGCCCUUUCUUUAGCGAAUGGCCCACUGCUAAAGAAUCGUGGUCCAACCUUGACGAUGAGGGAUCCAACAAAAACAAUUUCUCCACUACACAGCUCUCCAUAUCCACAUCUGACUACUCUUCAAGGAGCGCUUGCUCCCCAAAUGAUGCUUGAGGGAGCUGCUGCUGUAAAAACUCCAAGCAGUUUGGUGCGCUAUGCAGAGGAAUAGACAUGCUAGUGCUAACUGGAUAUCUGCUUGUAUGAGCUAUAUGUAAUCUUUAUGUUGCUGGAACAUUGAGUUGUUCCAUGUCUUUGUGGUUGAUUUUCUAAUGUCAACAAUGUUUUAAGAAGAUAAAAACGAGUUGUCUUCAAAUGCUGCUCAUGUUUAUUGUCGAAAAUAAAUGUUUUUUUAACAGCAUUCUGCUGGGCUGAGAUGAUUACUCUGUAAGUUUCCAGUUUGAAGACUGACACAAUAUUUGGUUGCAGAUCAUGUGAUUUAAGUUUGCAGAA